AUGGGCAAGAGAAAGCGCAACACACAGGUGGCAGCACCGCAGAAACAACAAAAGGCUACAGACCUUCCGACACCAAACGACAGUGAUGACGCGCCGAUCGAGAACGUGUCGCACAUCAGCGCCGUCACGUCGACCGAAGAGCUGGAAUUGAGCGUCGACACUCUGCGCACUCUGUCGCGAUACCCUGGACUGAUCAAGUCGAAAGCCUGCAAGGAUCUACGCGCUGCCGUGUACGACUUCCGGCAGGCGUGCAACACGGGCGUCAACUCGGCCGCCGAGGGCACAAACCUGACGGCGCGCAUCUCGGGCGCUCUGACCGACGCAAAAUACACCGAUGCCCUUGUCCUUCUCGCCGAGAUGCGCAUUCGCGGCGAGACACCAAAGCUCGGGGCUCUCUGCAGGUGGGUGCGCGACUUGGACGUCGUCAGUGGCUUGUCAAUGCAGCCAGAGGGAGUGAGCAAGGUCGUCGUACCGCGCUCAGCAAAAGACAACGAGUUGCUGCGUGUGCUGGACGCCGUCCUGAGAGUCACCGGCCCGACAGACACAAACACAAGAGCCGCCCUCGACUCGGCAGAUGCCAUUGCCCUGCAGCAAGUCUGGAAUCUGCGCGACAAGACGCCGCUCGAGACACGUCAGAGCGUCCUCGACAAGACAAUCUUCGCCGCCUGCCCACCAGACCUUCGCGACCGCUUCCGCAUCAUCGACACGACCGCCGGUCCGAACCGCAAACCUCCAAAUCUCCAUCCUGCCGUCCUCUACGCCUCACAAGACAACGCCAUCCUGCUCGGUGAUGCGCCCAAGACGACCGUCUUCAAACAUCCCGUCGUGCCCAACCUUCGCCUCAUCAAAGACGUCCUGACGCCAAACGAAUGCACCUCCAUCAUCGCCGCCGCCGAGACCAUCGACUUCAUCCCCGACGCCCCAAUCCGCGACGACGGACAAGCCACAAGCAUCCUAGCCCACAACUUCUACUGGAUCGCCGACCAAGCCUUCCAUGACAAGCUUUGGGAGAGAGUCCGCCCUUACGUGCCAGAGGAAUCACAAGGUCGCAAGGUCCGCGGCAUCAACCGCAGAUUUAGAGUCUACCGCUACGUCCCUGGUGCAGAGUAUAGAUGCCACAUUGACGGCGCAUGGCCUCCUUCUGGUAUUGACUCCGUGACGGACAAGUACCAGUACGACGCUUCUCCUGCAGAUGCCCGUCAAUCCUCUCUCUACACCUUCUUGAUCUACCUCAAUGACGAAUUUGAAGGUGGAGAGACUUCCUUUUUCAUCCCCAGUAUUCGCGAGGGUGUCAUGAAUGCCUAUCCAGUCAAACCCAUCAUGGGAAGUGUUGCUGUCUUUCCUCAUGGCGAGGCACAAGGUGCGCUACUUCAUGAAGGCACUGGCGUAACGAAAGGUGCCAAGUACAUUAUUCGUACUGAUGUCGAGUACGAUGUCACACCUUCGGCAAGUUGA